CCAGUGCACCGCGACGAUUCCACAGAUCUCGCCGAGGCGACCAGGGUUUGGAAUUGGCGCCAAUCAUUCCCUCCCCCAAACACUAGGGUUUCCUCCCUUUGUUCCGCCAUGGCAGGAGCCGCCACCACCGCUCCGAUGGACAUCGAUGCCGCCGCGCCUCCGCACUCCAAGGGCAAGGCGCCGCUCUCUGCGGCCGCCGCCGUCAGGUCCUCGCCCUGGGUCGAGAAGUACCGCCCCCAGUCCCUCGCGGACGUCGCUGCCCACCGCGACAUCGUCGACACCAUUGAUAGGCUUACAGAUGAGAAUAGGCUUCCACAUUUGUUGCUCUAUGGUCCGCCCGGCACUGGGAAAACAUCAACCAUACUAGCUGUUGCCAGGAAAAUAUAUGGGUCACAAUAUGGCAACAUGAUUCUCGAACUCAAUGCAUCAGAUGAACGUGGUAUUGGUGUUGUAAGGCAGCAGAUACAGGACUUCGCCAGUGCACACAGCCUCUCUUUUGGAGCAAAGCCAGCUGUUAAGUUAGUCCUCCUGGAUGAAGCAGAUGCCAUGACCAAGGAUGCACAGUUUGCAUUGCGAAGAGUCAUUGAGAAGUAUACAAGGAGCACAAGAUUUGCACUCAUCUGCAACCAUGUGAACAAAAUCAUCCCAGCACUACAAUCAAGGUGCACUAGGUUUAGAUUUGCCCCACUUGAUGGCUCUCAUGUCAGUGAGCGUCUUCAACAUAUAAUUAAAUCUGAGGGGCUUGAUGUUGACGAGGGUGGCUUGACAGCCCUGGUGAGGUUAAGCAGUGGUGACAUGAGGAAGGCUUUGAAUAUAUUGCAGUCAACACACAUGGCAUCCCAGCAAAUAACAGAAGAAGCUGUCUACCUUUGCACGGGAAACCCCAUGCCCAAAGACAUUGAGCAGAUAGCGUUUUGGUUACUAAAUGAACCGUUUUCGACCAGCUUCAAAUAUAUAUCGGAUAUGAAGAUGAGAAAAGGUCUGGCCUUGAUUGAUAUCAUACGGGAGGUCACUAUGUUUGUGUUCAAAAUAAAAAUGCCAUGCAAUGUACGAGUAAAGCUGAUUAAUGAUUUGGCAGAUAUCGAGUAUCGGCUAACAUUCGCUUGCAAUGACAAACUACAGCUUGGGGCACUGAUCUCAACUUUCACGAGUGCUCGCACGGCUAUGGUUGCUGCUGCAGACUAGUUCGAACAACAUGGUGAUCUUUUUGUUGCCCAUGGAUGCCAGUCGGAUCUGUAAAUGAUGUGGCAGCAAUUUUCUCUUGUCUGUAUUUAGCAUUAAGCUUGAAGCAUAUCGAGGAUAAUUUUUCAUGGUAGAUCUGUCUGUUUGCUCGACGUGCUAGCUGCUUGGGACAAUUAGGAGGGUUUUGUAACUGAAUAUUGUCAGGUUUAGGUGAUGUAAGAUGCAUGCUACAUUUUAUGUCAGUAGGGCAGCAUUCACAACUCAACUAAUGGGGACGCCAAGAACUGUUGCCUCACCCCAAAAGUUCAAGACGCGCACAACUUUUUGACAAA